ACAAACGAACAGACGACGGGCGUUGGAUUCACCGUCAUCUCCAUCAGCUGCUCAAGGCUGCUGAUUGAGGAUUGAGGUGUGGAUCAGCCAGUUUGCCUUCAACAACAGAGCUCUUUGUGUGGUUAAGCUGAUCUUUCGCAUCCAUCAGUCUCCAUAAACUUCAAGAAAUGGGAAACAGGUCUUCUUUGCUGCUUCGCGACGAGGAGAUUGCCCAAAUUCAGGAAGAGACCGGAUUUACACCAAAUCAGAUUGAGCGUUUGUACAGCCGAUUUACAAGCUUGGAUCGUGGUGACUGUGGCACACUAAGUCGAGAGGACUUUCUUCGCAUACCAGAGUUAGCCAUUAAUCCUCUGGGUGAUCGCAUUGUGCAUGCCUUCUUUGAGGAUGGUGCUGAUCGGGUAAAUUUCCGACAGUUCAUGCAGGUUUUGGCCCGCUUUCGUCCUAUUAAGAAGACCAAGGAUAACAAAUUGAAUUCUAGGGAACAAAAACUUCGAUUUGCAUUUAAAAUGUAUGACCUGGACAACGACGACAAGGUAUCAAGAGAUGAAUUGCUUGCAAUUCUUCACAUGAUGGUGGGAGCCAAUAUAAGUGAAGAACAACUUACGAGUAUAGCAGAGCGAACUAUCAUGGAAGCUGAUCAAAAUGGAGAUCAAAUGAUCUCAUUUGAAGAGUUUUGCAAAGCCUUGGAAAGAACAGAUGUGGAACAAAAAAUGUCUAUUCGUUUCCUGAACUAAUAUGCAGCCUCAGGGCUUAAGAUUAUUGGCAAUGUUUGUUACCAUUAUAAUUUAUCAUUAUAUUUUCAUAUACAGUACAUGUGUAUACAUAUUUGUGUUUAUUAGAUGUAUGGAACAAGUUACAGACUCUCACUUUGUAGUAGCCUGAGUUGCUCAUUUUGUGAUGCUAUUUGUGAUAAGAUAGGUAUGAUUGAGAGUUGCCAGAAAUGUUUUACCAGCGUUCUGUCCAUCAGAACAGAACUUUGUCAGUAAUCAUCAAUAUGCACAUAAGGAUGAUGCAUCAACCAUGUGGCGAUUUAUACUCUUUUCCAGUCCAUUUGUACAGUUCAGUUUAGAGAUUUGCAACUUAUUGACCCCUGUAAUUAAUUUCAGGACAUUAUAGCAAAGUUACCUUGUGAUUACCAGAAAUGCAGUAGUGUGGUAGAAGUGACAAUCUAUUUUGAUACCUGUUGAUUUGCUUAAGUAUUCAACUUAACAUGUUCAAUGCUCUCUGCUGGCAACUUACAUUAUCUGAACAUUUGAACUCAAAUAGACAUGAAAACAAAACUUGCUUCUGCAUGUGCGUUUCACAUGAUCAUCAUUAUGUUCAAGUGAGCUGCUAGCCGCCCUUUUCAAUUUUUCAGUGUCAGGUUUGUUCCACCAAAGAAAUUUACACUGGCAUAUUCAAUUCAUUCUUCUGUGUAUGAACGUUUAUAGAUAUUUUGCACUUAAGCAUUUUACCGGGUCUAGAAUGUAUUCUUUGUAUGUAUUAGUAAAAAUAAAGCAUUCAAAAUAAA